AUGGCUUCAACAAGCAAGCAGUACAAGGCCAUAGGCGAAGACAUUUGGAAGGGCAGGACAGAGAAGAUCAACGCAGAACUGUUCGCUCUCACAUAUGGCGCACUCGUGGUGCAGCUCAUACAAGACUAUGAGGACUACGCAGAGGUCAACAAACAGCUAGAGAAAAUGGGCUACAACAUUGGAACGCGUCUCAUUGAGGAUUUCCUCGCACGGAGUGCGAUUGGACGCUGUUCAGAUUUCAAGGAGGUCGGAGAGGUGGUCGCAAAGGUUGGCUUCAAGUCAUUCCUUAACAUUACCCCCUCUGUAAUGCACGCCGGACCCCUUCCUUCCGAAUCAACGCGAAGUAGCACUCCCACACCUUCAGCAAAUGCCUCAGGGUCAUCCUUCACAUUGACCCUGGACGAAAACCCUCUCGCGGAGUUCGUGGAACUUCCAGAGGAGGCGCUUGAAGGCGAGCUUUGGUUCAGCAACGUGUUGUGUGGUGUUCUGAGAGGUGCUCUCGAAAUGGUUCAAAUGCAGGUCCAGGCCACCUUCAUAUCCGAUGUGUUGCGCGGCGAUGAGGCCACCGAGAUCCGAGUGACGCUACUCAAGUACCUGGAAGAGGAAGUACCCGUAGGAGACGACUAG